AUGCAAGUUAUUCUGCCUUAUGCCUCAACUCACCUUACCGGGACAAGCAACAGCACGGGGAAAGCAUCGCAAGCCGUGCGUCUUGAGGAGGAGCCGUGCCUGCAGCAUGCGUGUUGCAACAACCUGGGUGGCACCAUUCCCGCCUCCAUUGGCAACCUCACCGCACUCACCAGCCUGUGCGGCUGUUCUCCCUCCAUCCCCCUCUCUCCCGUUAUUCCUUCUCCCGCCUCUCUCCCGUUCUCCCUCAACCCCCCUCUCCUCCAUUCUCCGUGGGAUUUAAGCUUCUUUCUCUUCGUUCGCUUCUUCUCUUAUGCCUCUCAUUCCCCUCUCCUUCCCUCCCCUCGCCUCCCUUCCCCUCUCCGCCCUUCCCCUCUCCGCCUUCCCCCCUCCGCCCUCCCCCCAUCCUCUCCAUGCUCCAGGGCAUUCAUCUACAGCGGUCUCUCAGGCUCCCUUUCAGAGGCAAUCAGCAGCCUCGAUCAGCUACAGGAGUUGUGA